AUGUACAAGGCCGUCAUCCUGCCGACAAUACUGUAUGGAGCGGAGACUUGGACGGUGUACGCAAAGCAGGCACGCCGUCUGAACCAUUUCCACCUCAGUUGUCUUCGUCGCAUUCUGUGGCUGAACUGGCAGGAUCGAAUCCCCGACACUGAUGUGCUGGAACGGACGGAAAUCCUCAGCAUCUACGCAAUAAUGAGGCAAAUUCAGCUGUGCUGGAGCGGCCACCCGGUGAGCAUGGACGACGAGCGACUACCCAAAGGGCUCUUCUACGGAGACGUCGCGACGGGUUCUCGCUGUCAAGGAGGCCAGAUUCGCCGUUACAAGGAUACCCUGAAGUCCUCCCUGAAACGCCUGCAAAUCAACCCCACCAACUGGGAGGAGCUCGCACUCGAUCGACCGACCUGGAGGAGGACAGCGAAGACAGGCGCUGUGAUCUACGAAGCCAACCGCAUCGCUGCCGCCGAAGCAAAACGCGAAGCCCGCAAAUCAUAA